AAACAAAGGAUGGCUAAAUCUAUUUCAUCUUUGGGAAGUUUCUUGUCAACAUCAACAAAAUUGCCACAUUUUGUUGAAAAACCGCCGCCAAAGUAUGUGUGCCCUGUGUGUAAUUUCGUAUUACGGAAUGCAAUGCAGCUACAAUGUGGACAUCAGAUAUGUGAGUCAUGCAUUGAUCCAUUGCUUGGAGAAAACCAAAAAGCCACAUGCCCUGUCAACACUGAUGAAGAAUGUGAGGAACCGUUUACCAAAAAUGAGGUGUACAAAGAUAUCUGUAUUAGACGAGAGAUCAUGUUGCUACAGGUGUAUUGCUCAUACAUCGGCGAGGGUUGCCAAGAGAAACUACAGUGGAGGAAUCUUCAGAAACACACUGAAAUUUGCGAGUUUAAGCCAGUAAAGUGUGACGACUGUCAUAAAAAGAUGCCUCAGAAUAAACUGUUGGCUCAUAAAGAAUCGGACUGCAGCUAUCUUAUUAUCGUGUGUGAACACUGCUCACAUAAUGUACCCUUUUGUCAGAUGCAG